CAACAUGCCGGGCCGUGACCACAAAAACUCCCUUACACUCGAUGUCGACGCGUGUAGUUAUACUUCAGUGGGGCGUUCUUCUAUUACGUCCACCCCUGUUAGCCUCGCUAGUGUCGAGCGGACCUGGAACUUUCGUAUCAACUACCCACCCGAGGAGCGCGGUCGCAGGAAACCCGCUACUAUCGGCACGGUGAUCGUACUGUUGUUCCUGGUGGUCAUGAUCACGGUGGCUGUCAUCGUAGCGACUGGGAAAGGUGGACCGGACCAGGGCGAGCAACCGCCGGCAGAGGGGAUGAGACACUGCCCGUGCAGUCAGGGGUGUAGCCUUUCUUUCGUAGAGACCAUCCCGGAAGAUGUGAUAUUCCACCAGAACUCUUCCCAUCUGCCUAGGACAUACGACAGCUGGCUGGAGCUCCUGAGUACUGCCCAGAGGACAGUGGACAUCGUGUCGUCAUCAUGGAACCUUCAGGCGGGGAGCGACACUGAUGUUCACAACGACACAGGCGUUUCACAGCCAACACUAGGAUUCGAGUAG